UUCUACCUCACUUUUUUCUGUUCCCUCUAAUUCCCUAUAGCUAUUUCACUUUCCUGUCAUCCUUUAUCAUCAUCCUGGAAUUUCCAUUUCAGCUGCUCCCAGCUGCCUCCAGGACUCCCUUUUAAAAGAGGGCUGAAUCCAGCUGUUGCACACUGAGCUGCAUCUUCCAGAGCUUCUGCUCCUGGUCUGAUAGCCCUCACCCGACAGAAAGAUGAAGGUCUCUGCAGCUGGAUUGGCUCUUGUCCUCAUUUCAGCCUCCUUCUCCCAAACUUUCUCUGGCCCAGCUGGACUCGACAUCCCAAUCUGCUGUUUCACAUACAGCCAGCACAAGCUCCCGCAGAAGCUCAUCCAGCGUCAUUACAGCACCAGCAGCAGCUGCCCCCAGCCGGCCAUCGUGUUUGUCACAAAGGAAGGCCGCCAGGUCUGUGUCAAUCCUGAAAACACCUGGGUCCAAAGCUACCUGAGAAUUUUGGAGCAGAACUGAGCCAAGUAGUGUGGCAAGAGUAGCUGCUGUCAUGGACAAGUCAUGUUAUCCUGAGCUCCAGCUGUGGAGGAGGACCCUGGGACAACAGGAGCCACAGGAGCAUCUGCAAAUGUCCCCAAGGGACUGCUGGAAGGGCACCUUGUGUUUGGGGCUGCUGCUCAUCCUUGGCUUGCACAGACCAGGCUUCAGCCUCAUCCCUCUGCCCCAACCCCAGGCCCAUGGGACUGCACCUUGGCUGUUGUAUUAUUUCAAGUUAUUUAAGAACUCAUCAUAUGGGGCAGUCAAUUUUUUUUUCUGUGGAUGAUGAUAUUAUUUAUAGGGGGGGUGACAGAGAGGGUAUUUCUAGGAGGGGGACCCAGUGUUGAAUGACGGGAAACCCUGGUUUAUACAUGUCAACUCGUGAUUCUGGAGAAUAAAGAAUUUGGAGAAAA